GUGAUGCGAAAGGAUGCGAUCGAAAAAGCGUCAUUGAGCGUGUCAGUGAGAAGUCGUCAAGCCGGCGUGAGCCUCUGUUAACGUCUCCAUUCGACAACGAUCAUUAUUGACGUUGCUUCUUCGAUUGCCACGAAUACGAGACAUAAAUAGUGAAGAGGAAGAGAGGGAGAGAGAGAGAGAGAGAGAGAGAGAUAGAUAGAGAGACAGAGAGAUAAAGAUAGAAAUAGAUAGGGAAGGACCCGCCAUUUUCUCCCUCUCCAAAGGAGCCCUUUUUUUUCGUCUCUUCGUGUCAGAACCAUAGCCCCAUGCUCGACGACCGAUGGAGAAGCGCCAAGAGCUUAAAAGAUCUGAUCGCUUGUUCGAGUACUCGUUAAUUUUCAAAAAGGAAAGAAGCGAGAAUGAGUCAUGUCGAGCUUCGAAAAAGAGAUAUACGAAAAAACAACGUUCGCCGUAAAAGCGUAGAAGGAAAUUUUGGAUUCGAAAAAAUGGUCGGCCUGGGUAGCGAAGAAUUACUUGGUUCUGACAUCGUCGAUGUCGCCAUGGAAUUGGAGAUUAAUUCUGACGAUGAGAGCGAGGAAAGCGAUAAGCAAAGAUUAAUAAGAUCUUCUAUUAAGAAUGAAUCUGUUAAUAAUCAUAUAAAAAAGUUAACCACCCAGAAAGUUCAAGUUGCAACAGAGGAUGACAAUGUUUGGUCCAUAUCCAUUCAAAUGUUUAUACCAUUCCUACUUGCUGGUUUUGGUAUGGUCGCGGCUAGCCUUUUAUUAGAUGUUGUUCAACACUGGCCCGUUUAUCAAAUUGUUUCCGAAGUUUAUAUAUUAGUUCCAGCAUUGUUAGGUUUGAAAGGAAAUUUGGAGAUGACAUUGGCUUCGCGCUUGUCAACUCAGGCCAAUUUAGGUCAUAUGGAUACAAAAAAACAACAAUGGACAUUGAUCGUUGGAAAUUUGGCUUUGAUACAAUGUCAAGCCAUGGUGGUAGGCCUUUUGGCGUCAUUGGCUGCUGUUGUACUUGGUUGGGUACCAGAAGCGCAUUUUGAUAUGCAUCAUGGACUUUUAUUAUGCGCUAGUGCCUUGGUUACUGCUUCUGUAGCGAGCUUCUUUUUGGGACUUGUAAUGGUCGCAGUAAUAUUAUUCUCAAGACACAUGAACAUUAAUCCUGAUAAUGUGGCUACACCAAUUGCAGCUUCUUUAGGAGAUCUAACCACUCUAGCUCUCCUGUCAUGGAUCGCUUCUAUCUUGUAUCAUUCGAUAGAUAAUGCUCCAUGGAUAGCACCAACUUUAAUAUUCUUCUGCAUUGUGGCAACGCCUAUUUGGGGUUAUGUCGCAGCAAAAAAUCCAUUUACUAAAGAAGUAUUGGAUUAUGGUUGGACCCCUGUGAUAUCUGCUAUGCUUAUUAGCAGCUUAGGUGGUCUGAUAUUAGAUUACACGAUAUCCAGUUAUAAAGGAAUAGCUGUCUUUCAAUUAGUUAUAAAUGGAGUCGGAGGGAACCUUGUUGCCGUCCAAGCUAGUAGAAUUUCUACAUCGUUACAUAAAGAUUUUCGAGCUGGCAGCCAAGUAGCGCCUACUAUUUGCAUAAGUCCAUUUCAUGCGUUUUUUGCUAAAGGAGGACAUGCUAGGACCGCUAGAGUUCUAUUAAUGAUGGUUAUACCUGGCCAUUUGAUAUUUAGUUAUACCAUAAGUUAUUUACAAGCUGGCCAUACAUCUUUUACACCUAUAUUUAUUGUCGCGUAUUUGACGGUUGCAUUAUUACAGGUAGUUUUAUUAUUGUACAUUGCUCAACUAAUGGUCGUUUGGAUGUGGACAAGAGGUAUGGACCCUGAUAGUUCAGCGAUUCCAUACUUAACUGCUGCAGGUGAUCUAAUAGGAACUGCACUCCUUGGAAUCGCUUUUCACAUACUUUAUGCCAUCGGAGAUGGCGAUUCUGAUGUAGGAGACUGAUUUUUCACAUCUAUUAUCAAUGAAAUUAUCAAAGGCGCGGCUAUAUCGAAGUCUUUCUCCACGCAAUCAAUAUACAAAUAUUCAUGGAAAAAAAGUUCAAAGUGAAAAGAAAAAAGACAAGAAAUGAAUGAACGAAUGAACGAACGAACGAAUGAAAUAAUGAAUGAAUAUCAUUGACACGUAUAAUUAAUAAGCCUAAACUAUAAUGCGUUUUCAUUCAUUGUUGUAGACGAUCGAUGUCUUUUCGAAUUCGUAUUAAAAUUAUGAAUAAGAUUAUUACAGAGAGAAAAUAUAUAUAUAUAUAUAUAUACUUUAUAUGUAUAUAUAUAUAUAUAUUUCAAAGUAUCGAUAUUAAUUGUCUAUACUACGAAAAGAGUUUUAGACUGAUUUUGAAAUACCAAUCAAUUUUCUAAUAAGAUAUUUUUGACUUAAUCGAUCAUAUUUAAAAAGAUAAAAAAAUAAUUCAAUUUUAUAGACAGUAUAAAGUCUUUUUUUUUUUUUUUUUUUUUUUUAUUGUCAUAUUAAUUAUCAUAAGAAUCGAAAGCAAUGAGAUAAGGAAUAUCAGAGUACACUUUUAAAUGUUUUGUACUCUUUUUAUAUAAAUUUCAUUAUACACCAAUGCAACUUGUAAAUAUUUCUCUACAUGUAUAUUCGUGCUUAAUGCAUUUUCACAAGCGAACGACAUAUUUUUUCAAGUGUAGCGAAUGGAAAAUUACAAAAAAAAAAAAAGAAAAAAAGUAUAUAUAUAUACAAAAAAAAAAAAAAAAGAAA